UACAAGCAAAUGUCAUAUGUUGUGCUUUCCUGCCUGGUAAAAGUUCACAGCUUCACCAAUGACUUACCCAAGGUUUCAUAGCUAGGAAAUGCUAACACCUUUCUCCAAACCUCAUAAAUGCCGAAGCUGUUGUUACAUUUGCCAGACCCCAGAAUGCUUAAUAGGUUCACUGCUUUGAAAAGAAAACUUUAUCUUCUCGGGAGCCUAAAUUCGAUGUAGGUAUACUAUGACUUGCCUGUGUUUAAUACCUUCCAUUCAGGUAAAUAAACUAGCCUGGUAUCUUUUUGUCUAUGAGGAAGAAACCUGUGCUUAAUCUCUUCUGUGAAAAGCUUAGUGUAAGUAACAGUUCUUACUUAUGCAACAGACAGAAAAAUACUUGUCACCUCAAGUCACCUCCCUAUUGGUGAGAAGGGAAGCAGUAAUUAACCGUCAAGUACUGCCGCACCACUGGGGUGUGGCAUGCUUUGAGAGCCUCUCAGGUCCAACACUGACUGUGGAUGAGCUCACAGGAAAGGUGGGGAAACCAAAGCUUUCCCUAUAAAUACGAUCCCUCUCCUGGUGCAUGGCGCAUUCAGCUUCAAGCCAAUCUCAGAUCACUAGCGUCCUCAUCACAGCCCUCAUCCACCAUGAAGGUCCUUGGGGGUCUCCUUCUGCUCCUCACAGCAAGCUAUCUCUGCAACAGCUCGGGUGAGUUGGUCACCAGUCACCCUUUAGCGACGUUGGACUGCAGCAUAUACAAGAAGUACCCAGUGGUAGCCAUCCCCUGCCCCAUUGAAAACAUGCCAGUUUGUGGUUCGGACUAUAUCACCUAUGGGAAUAAAUGCAAGCUGUGUACGGAGAUCUUGAGGAGUAAUGGAAAAAUUCAGUUUCUUCGUGAAGGACACUGCUAACAUCUCCAUGGACAAAGAAAGAACAAUGAGACCUCCACUGUGUGCAUCAUGUGUGGGCUCUGACAGACUUCCCUUCUUUGCUGAUGUUCUAGUGGGGUCGGAUCUAGAUUCAGUCAUCCCCAGUGACUGUGCAGUGACAGACUCAUGUCCCCUGUCAAACGACCUCCUUUUCCCAUCUGAAUAAAAAAUAAUCUCUCCAGAAA